AUGAAUUUUGUCAUUGUUGUCAUUUGGUUAUCGACAACGUCCCCCCCCUUGUACAAAUGCGAUAAGAAUGGAACUAGGAGGUUCGAAAUCAACAAGAGCGUCUUCAUUCGACCAAAGGAGGUAGCGCUAGGAGAGAUGAAGAUGGCGUCGUUCUUCGAUCUGAAGGGUCCGGUGUUAGUUGGAGCGGUGCAUGCGCUAGCUUCAGUAUGUCCGACGGCUGGGGUGGCUUUGAAAGGCGCUUCAUGCCAACUUCCCGCCUCGACUCAUCGAGCCCUGGCUGCACCUUAUCUGUUGUUUGGACUGGGCCGAAGUCCCAACUUUGUUGAUGAGUUGACUAUCGGUGCGCCACGUUAUUGUGAUGGCUUAGCAGUCCGUAAACAUACGCUGAAACAGUUCGCACCAAAUUCGAGGAUUGUUUUCAUUCCAUUUGUCAUUUACUCGUUGAUGCUCUUCCGAGUAGGAGAGUUUUCGCUUGAUGGAUAUCCCGAUCUUCUUGCUGUUCCUGUGGGCAAACCUUGGGGCUAA